UCUGAUUGGUUAGGUUGUCUUUCUGUCUGUGUCAUUUUAUGAUUCUUGUGGGAUUACUGGGAAUCGCCGGUCAUUCAUUUGGUUUGUUUUUAGAACUGUGUGCUGUUGUAUCUCGAAGAAAAUGGCUUGUCAAAAGUCCGACUUUAGGCUGGUGUCGUCGACAAAGGCGUCCGAUGUGAUUCCAGUGAACAAAUACGUGUCGUGCAAGACUGGGAUCACUGUUAUUAUUGCCGACGUUGAGGGUCCGCUCGUCAACGGUUUCUUCUGUCUGGCAACGGAAGCCCACGAUGAUGACGGGCUGCCCCAUACUUUGGAGCAUCUUAUUUUCUUGGGGUCCGAACGGUAUCCAUACAAGGGCAUCCUGGAUUUGCUCGCGAACCGGUGCAUGGCGCAUGGAACUAACGCCUGGACGGACACCGACCACACCUGUUACACAAUCUACACCGCCGGAGAUGAGGGAAUGUUGACACUCCUGCCUAUCUAUCUGGACCAUAUUUUAAUGCCUACCCUCACUGAUGAAGGGUUCAUAACGGAAGUCCAUCAUGUUGAUGGGGACGGAGAAAAUGCUGGGGUUGUGUACUGUGAGAUGCAGGGAAGGGAGAAUAAUGCUGACAGCAGGUGUGAAUUACGACUUCUACGCGCGAUGUAUCCCAAUAGUGGAUACUCAUCUGAAACCGGUGGAAUUAUGAAGAAUCUAAGAGAGUCCACCACUAACACAAAGGUUCGGAACUUCCACAAGAAGUUCUACCGUCCGGAGAAUCUCACAAUCAUUCUGACCGGUCAAAUUAGUGCGGAUGAUGUGUUUAGCGCACUAGGCACUGUGGAGGAUGACAUCAUCGCCAAGCGAGGCAAGAAGCCGCAGGAUGAGUGGCAGAAGCCCUGGACAACCGUGCCCCCUACCCCGCUGUACGGAGAGCUGAAGGAACAGUGGCCAGCAGACACCGAGGAUUGUGGACAAGUGUUGUUCGGGUGGCGCGGGCCUAUUCUGAAGGAGUCGCACGCACUCAAGGAUCUGACGGCGUGUGCGGUGCUGCUGCGGUAUUUAUGCGACACUGCUUCCGCGCCGCUGCAGCGCUGCCUCGUCGAGAGGGAAGACGCCUUCGCCGGGGACGUAUCCUACAACUUAACAGAGAACAUAGCGCCUUUGAUCAAGAUCGAGUUGGACAACGUGCCCAUUGACAAGCUAGAGGCGGCCCGUGACCAGGCGCGCGCUUGCAUAGAUACGGUGCGCAGUGGUGCUGAACCCUUGGACAUGGAGCGUCUGCGCAGGCUGUUGAAGAAACAGCUGCGCGAGAGCAUCGCGAGCCUCGAGUCCGACCCACACCACGCCAUCGCAUUCCGGUGUAUCGGCGACGCGCUGUACUCACAGAACGAACAUGAUUUCAUCUCGCGCAUGAACCCGCAACAAGACCUGGAGGAGCUGCUGGGCGAAGGGCCGGAGUACUGGCUGCGGCUGAUGCAGAAGUACCUCACUGACGACGUCGUCACCAUCGUUGGCUCGCCCAGCAUUGACAUGCAGACCAAAAUGGCAGAAGAAGAAAAGAAGAGAAUAGAAGAGCAGAGAGCGCAGCUGGGAGAAGAAGGACUCGCCAGGAAAGCUAAAGAACUUGCUGAUGCUAUGGAGUUCAAUGAGCGCCCCCCGCCCCCCGGCACGCUGGCCUCAGUCCCCGUGCCGUCCUGCAGCAACCUGCGGUGCCACAACAUCAGCUCGUGGAGCUCGGACGGCGCGCCCUGCCCGCACAUGGACCUCAAGCAGAUACCGCUCUAUGCGCGCGUGCACAGCCUCAAGACCAACUUUGUUUAUAUCAACCUAAUACUAGACACGACAUCGAUAGACGAGAACACGCGCAAGUGGCUCCCCCUCCACAUGAACGGUCUAGCCGAGUGUCCGGUGAUGCGCAACGGCCAGCUGAUACCACACGAAGAAGUGAUCUCCACCACUGAGCAACUGGUGGUGUUGUUCUCCAACGACGUCGGCUUCGGACGUUCCGGGAAUUUCUCCGUCGGAAUAUUCGGGAAUUUCCUGCAUAUUGAGACUAGGUGUGAACCGAAAGACUACGAGCAAGUAGUGAACCACUUGUACGAAGUUUUGUUCGCGGCGGAGAUUACGAAGGAGAGAUUAUUGGUGUUUACGCAGAGAAUGAUCAACGACGUUUCACAGGUGCGACGAAACGGCCACAAGUUGGUGUACGACAUCCUGCGUGACUCGCUGUACAGCAAAGACAGCAACGUGCACUGGAACUCCGUGCUGCGACAACAGAAGUUCCUCAAGGACCUGAACGAACAACUCAAUGCAGCAGGCGGCGACGCGGCGGACGCGGCGCUGCGCGAGGCUCGCGCGACCCUGAGCACCAUCACACGCGACCUGUGGAUACACCUCGCCACCGACUUCGACCGGUACAAGCUGUCCACUGAACCCUGGAAGAGAUUCGCGAGGGAGAAUGAAAUUACGCCGCCAGUUCCCCGCCUGUACUGGGACGCGGAGCUGAUGUCGGGGUACGGCGGCGGGUUCGUGGUGGGCGUGGGCGGCGUGGAGUCGUCGUACCUGGUGCAGCUGGCGCCCGGCCCGCGGGGGUACAGCGCGGACGAGGCCGCGCCGCUGCUCGUGGCGCUCAACUACUUCACGCAGCUCGAGGGUCCGAUGUGGCGGUUGAUCCGCGGCUGCGGGCUGUCGUACGGGUACGGCGUGCGGCCGGCGCCCAACGAGGGCCGCAUCGUGUUCUCGCUGUACAAGGCCACCAACUGCGUCGCCGCAUACACCAAGGCCAAGUCUAUUGUGGCGGAAUACUUCAAGGAGGGCAAUUUCGACGAGGAUCUGUUCGAGUCCUCUAAGAGCACUGCGUUGUUCGAGGUGGUGGAGAACGAGAAGUGCCCCGCCGACGUGGUCAGUCAAUCUCUGCUUAACUACUUGAAGCGAGUCAGUGACACAUACAGCAGGGACUUGGUCCGCGCAAUUGCGUCGGUGACACCAGAAGCAGCGAAGAGCGCGGCACAGAGGUGGCUACCGACUCUGUUUGACCCCACGCAGAGCAAGACCAGCAUCGUCUGCCAUCCCAGCAAGGUCAACGACAUGCAGGCUGCAUUUGAAAAAAUAAACGUGAAACUAGAAGCGUUCGAGUCUAUGGAAGCGUCGCAUUUUAAUAAAUAAGUUCGAGAUAAGUGUAGGUGAGCGUGGCCAUCAGGUGAAAUUGUGGUCAAACGCGAGCCUAUCUAGUAUAAAAAAUAUAACAUUCACACGUUGUUAUGAGCAUUUAUAUUUGUAUUGAUUAUGAGCAUAAUCGCGUCAUAUAUGCAGCCCUAAGUAUUUGUACAGCACUUGUAUAUUGUACUUUUAAACCAAGUUAUUUUAAGUUAUACAUAGAUUUUAUAUUGCUUGGCUGUGCCUUAAUCCUACAAUAAAUUCAAUUGAAGAAUCGUACUAGUUUAUUUAGUGUUACAUAUAAAUUGUAUAAUAUUUAAUCGGCUGGAACGACCCACAUUGAAUAAAACAAUAAAACUCCAAACUUAUUGUGA